AUGGAAAAGGAGUAUAUGAAAACUUUUGAAGAAAAAUCUAAUAAGCUUAAUCCGCAAAAUUCACAAGAUGCGCUCUUGAAAUUUGAGCAGUUAUUGAGUGGAAUUCAGCCUGAAGAAUUCCAGGAUGAUGAGGAAUCUGAUGGAGAGGGUGAUGAUGAGUUUGAUGACCCAGAUUAUAAUUUGUCUGAAUCUGAUGAAGAUUUUGAGGGAGUUAUAUCUGACCAUCCAAGUAAGAAUGAAAGGGGAAGGCCAAAAAAAUCAAAACAUAAUGUACCUACAACUUCUGGCAUUGUAGUACAAGAAAUAAAUGAAAAUAGUAACUCUGAUGUUGAUGAGGAAGAGGAACUGCAUGAAAGAAAUUCUGAUAUAGAGGACGAGGAAGAUAAAGUUACUUUUGGAGAGUACGAUGAAGCAAAACGCAAGGAAAAUCCAAGUUUGGAACUUGGUACGAAGUUUAGAAGUCUAGAACAGUUUAAAGAUGCAUGUAGGAAUUGGGGAAUCAAGAAUAGGCGUCAACUUCAUUUUCCUACAAAUGACACGGAGAGGGUUAUUUGUUAG